AGCGACGACCCAGCCCCCCCCUGCCCCAGCCUGGGGGCCACGGGCACACGGGAUCAGGGCUUCACCUCAUCGCCCUGAACGCCCCUCAGUCCGGUAACAUGCGAGGAAUCCGCGGCGCCGACUUCCUGUGCUUCCAACAGGCCCGCGCCGUGGGUCUGAAGGGAACCUUCCGAGCGUUCCUGUCCUCCAAGCUUCAGGACCUCUACACCAUCGUCCGUGGCUCAGACAGGGACCACCUCCCCAUCUUGAACCUUAAGGACCAAGUGUUGUUCAGCAGCUGGUCGUCCGUCUUUGGAGACAGGGCGGACAGAAUGAGGGAGAACGUCCCCAUUUACUCCUUCGAUGGCAGGGACAUCAUCAGGGACAGUGCCUGGUGAGUCCAUCAAC